AACGGGAAGCAACAGAAUCUUCAUCUAUGUCAUGCACAUGACCAAAACACCUUAUAGAUCAUCAUACUGAUUUUAGAAGGAAGAGGACUGGACCAUUAUAGCCCUUGGGGUCAUUGUGGAAAGUUUGUUAUCCACAGCCAAGUAAUUAUCUUCAAUGAAAACACACUGAUUAUUUUAUUCUCUGUGCCCAACAACUGGCAGUAGAGGACUUUGAGAACAGAGAACUGGGAGUAGUUUGAGAGGAUGGAAAAACUGCAUCAGUCUGUGGCCUGGGACACGAGGAGAGGGAGUUGAAUGUUCAACAGGGCUAUUCCCCAGAUAAUGGCCGAUUCAAACCCUUCUGCCAGGACUGCUGAGGGGAGUGCUCAGUGUCUGCAGCAGCCCAGAGCUGCGUCUCAGCAAGCAGAGAACCAGCCGGCAGGAAAGCAGAGAGGCGGGAGAGCCCUGGGCCACCUCUGGACUGACACCCCUGGCUGGCCCAGCCGUAGUGGCCUCAGGAGGGGUCCCAGCCCUGCCUGCAUCCAGGGAAGGAGCCAACACCAGCCUGCUCCCAGCCACCCCACGCCAGGGACAGCAAGAGCAAGGUUCUUCUCAGGCAUCAGGAAUGUCUUCUGAGCCCACUUCAUCUGCCUCGCAGCAGUCCCCCACCUCUCCACCCUCACCCAAUUCUCUCCAUCUGCCUGAGAACCGCAGGGGCAGGGAUCGCUCCCCGUCGCCCAUGAGAGGGUACCUCAUCCCCAGCCCGCUGCCCACCCGCCGGACCAGGACAUUUUCAGCAACCGUGAGAGCAUCGGAAGGCCCCGUCUACAAAGGCGUCUGUAAAUGCUUUUGUCGCUCCAAAGGCCACGGCUUCAUUACCCCUGCAGAUGGAGGCCCUGACAUCUUCGUACACAUCUCUGAUAUUGAAGGCGAGUAUGUUCCUGUGGCAGGCGAUGAGGUCACCUACAAGAUGUGCACCAUCCCUCCAAAGAAUGAGAAGCUCCAGGCUGUGGAGGUGGUGAUUACCCAUCUAGCUCCUGGAACCAAGCACGAGACCUGGUCGGGCCAUGUUAUCAGCUCCUGAGGUUUUCCAGAGGGAGUGCAGCCGCUACCUGCCUGGUCACUGCUGCAGGGGACCUGUCCUAAGAAUAUUCUACCUAUUGUGUGGGAGGAAAUAACUGCAUUGUCAAUAAAGCAGAAGCAGGCCAAAAUUACCAUUUGUACAGCUGGCCUGGGGAAAAAAAACAAACAAAAAGGCAAUUCAAAAGCUAAUGAAAAAAUUCUAGCCUUAAGGGUUUACAAAAAAAGGUAUCUUAGAGAGACCUAGUUUGUGUGCUUGGUGGGGGGUGGAAGGUUUGGUUUUUCUUUUAUCUUGUGAACUGAUUCCAGUAAAUGCCCAGGGGAAUCAGGGAGAGGUUUUAAGGAGAGCUCCCCUAGUGCAAACAGCCUUAGCAGGGGCUCCAAGGCCCUGCAGGUGUGUGAGCACUUCGUUCCUUUGAGCUGCUCUUCUCUAAGGGCUGAAGUACACUUACUGCUGGUAACAGUGCCUGAAUACCUUGGCUUGAGAGAGGGGGGUUCAUUGCUGCAAUUUGUUUUCCUCGUGGAAGGAAGUUCACAAGCAGAGCAGUUGCUGCCGAGUGGAAAAUCUCCAUCUGGUGGUUAUGCUCCGAUGGCCUGGCUGGGUGCCCUUCAGGUGCAAAGGGCAUCUCUGCAGAUAUGCAGAAUAUUGUCAUUUUAAAGCCGGGAUUGUUUGAGAAUUUACUUAGGUGCCUUGAUGGUUGAUUAGCAACUUAAUUUAUAGGCCAGUAUUGAAAAAAAAAACCAACAACCCUGGACCAAACAAAAAACCCACAAAAAUUUAAAAAAUUUGCUUCAAGGUAAGUGGUAGAAAGUUGUAGAGUAGCAGACAUUUCAUAGCCUCUGACUGUGCCUGAAUUUAGACAAAGCUGAAGAUUACCUUCUUGAUUGCAUAUAGCUGAAUGUCUGCCAUGGUAUUUCACUGGGCAGGCAGAAUAGCUGCACUUCUGGAAAGCAAGUUACAUGCUGUUCAGUUGACCGUGUAUGAAAUACUGUGUGAGUUACUCAGUAGGCUCAGCUGUCUCUGUGCAGUAGAUUCUGCAGCUGCUUCCCUGGAAAACUUGCUUGGUAGGCUGUGAUGUGGCCACCCUUGCCCCGACUCUGCCUGCAGAAUUCCAUGUAGUUGUAGUGUAACUAAAUUAGUUCUGUUCCCAUUUGCCUUCCACUUUUUUUUUUUUUUUUUUUCAAAUGAAGCAUUUUUCUGUUAUGUUCCUAACAGUGGAUUUUUAUUGACUUUGCAAAUAAAAAAAAGAAAAAAGAAAAAAAGCUGUUAUGAUACUCCUCUGUUGUGUGAAACUGUAAAACUUCAGUUGCCUAUUUGCAGUUUUAACAAUAGGUGCUGGCUCUCAGGAAAUGUCUUGAGACUUUCACAGCAGAUGAUCUGAGGUCUGACCUGGGGAGAGCACAGAUACACGAGGUCAGUAACUGCUGUGAUGCCUUGUUUUACCUUAGCUGGACCUGUAUUACACUACAGUGCACAAUAAUGACCAGCCUGUAGUGGAGUCUGGGGAUUUUGUUUAUUUUAUAUUAACAGUAAGACUUAGUAGCAGUGGAUUUAACACUGUCCAGCUAGUUGGCCUAUCACACACUGCUUCCUUGACAAGAAAUAUGACCAAUAUAAGGUUUAACAUAGCCCUUCAGUCUGCUCCCUGUGUACUCGGCGUUGAAGAUGGUCAGUAUUAGAGAGAGAGGAGAGUGCAGAUGCCUGUGUAUGUACCUGUAUCAGUGUAGUUAAAAAGUUUUUUAAAGAGCUUUGUAGUAUCACCUGACUGGCAUUACCAGAACAACUAAGGAAUAAUCUAGCAAAUUUUCUAGCUGCUUAAUAGGUUAAUGUAUAAUUUAUACUACUUCUGUAAAUAUAUUUCUUUUAAUUAUAUAAUAUUUAGUAGAGCUAUUAUUUAUAUGAACAUAUAAUAGGGGGUAACUGGGAGGUAUAGCACAGUCAUUUCAGCUGAAACUUGGAGGAAGAAGGCCAGAAUAUUUCAGAAGAGGCUCCCAAGGCAGCACAGCCAAAAUAGUGUCAGUAAAGCUUUAGCUAGAGAGGGGCUGCUGAAAGCAGGGAGGAUUGUGCUUGUUUAAACUCAAAAUAUAGGAAGUCAGAUGGGAACAAGGAACUAGGCAGUGUGGAGUUGCUUUGGUUUGUUUUCUGUUUCUUCUCCCCCAGAGACAGGCUGUGUGCUUCUCAUCUGUUGGCAUGAGAGACAGAAGAUAGACCUGAGCCACUGGCAGUGGUUGCACAAGACUGACUAGCAAGCUAACUUUUAAGAAUUGAACAUACACAGGUAUAGUGCACAGAGAUGAUUGUAUUUGAGGCUGAUAAGAAAUUGGUUUUGGCCCUGCACAGGAUGUUUUGCACAGGUAACUUUCUGCAAAUACAGGAAACAACCAUGCAUUAAGUAACCAAAUAAUCAGAUACAUUGCAUAUGUGUACACACAAAGCAGCAGCUAUUAAAAUCUGUCAAUUUUUAAAGAGCCUUCCUGCACUGCAGACAUUUCAGGUCCAAAGUCAGCUCCCAUUAAAAUAGUUGAAGUUAAAUUACCCUAUGGAAGUGGUACAUGAGAAGGGGGUGAGAAGAUGAGGUAAUUCUGAUACACGAGAGCAUCACAAUUACCCCUCCUUUUUUGUCAGCCUUUUGGGGGAUUCUGAUUGUAGACAAAGAUUGUAUUCUCCCCUUUUUUACUGUGUAAGUAUAAUAUAAACUUGGAAAGAUAUCUUUUUACAGACAGGCAGCAUACUGAGGGUUUGCUUGACAUAGUUUAUUUGCCAAAAUGACAAAUUGAUAUAACAGUUUUUCAUGUUACAAUGAAAUUUUAUUAUCCAUUACUAAAUAAAACUGUUCAUACACAAGAUAAUUUCCUUAUGCCAGAUGAGAAAAGUAAAAUUAACAGUUACUCUGAUUGCCAUGCUUUAAAUUGAAUUUUAAUAAAACAUAGGUUAUGUAAUUUUUCUUAGUAUUAAAUUCUAACCUACCCUUAAGGUCUUACCAGGAUAAUCAGGAAUGUAAUUAGUGACAGAAAUACAUUUUGCUACUAUGCUCAGUUUGUUUUAAUUAAUUUCUAUCUUUUUUCAUUUUUAGAUUUAAAAACUCUGCAAAAAGUGCUGGUACCAUGAACUGUACUGUGCAUUGGCACCACAAUUGUACUGAGGAGUUAACUUUAGCACCAGUUGGUCCAGCCUUUCCAGUGGUGGUAGCCUCAGUGAACAUUCUACAUUCUGAGUGUGCACUGGAACAUGUGAGCUCAGGGACUAUCUGGCUCAGUUCUACCUUCCCACCCCCAGAAAGAAAUAAAA